AUGGAACAGAAGGGAAAAGAAGUUUUCAACGAAGGCAACCUGAAAUUUUUAAAAGUAUACUCCAAGGUCCUGUUUAAAUAUGCAGAGGAGGAAAAGGACAACAAGUCGACGGAGCUGCUGCUACUGUCCGAAAAAAUAGAAAGCCAAAAGAAAUUAAUAAAGAUAAGUAUAGAAAUCGUUUUAAUUAUCCUAUUCCUUAUCCUGAUUUAUACAUCCAACGAUUUGGUAAAAAUAAAAAACUUGGAAAAUCACAUUCAUAACAACAUAAACGAGUCCACGACAUACUCUGAAAAUUUUUACAAAGCCAUAAGUGACGAGAUAAGGAAAGUGAAUGCAGAUUUCUCCUACGAACCGAGAAAGAAGGAUUAUACAGUAUUUAAAAAUUUGCGGUCCAAAUUUGAUCUCUCCUCAUGGGUAAAAAAUGCAUUAACGGAUAGGGUAUCCCAAGACAACUUCCUAAAUAGUAACGUUCUAUUUGGAAAAUGCUGGAGAAUAACAAUGAGGUUAUACAAGAAGGAUAAUUCUAUGAUGGAAAAUAUUUAUAUGUACAGGAAAUUAUUUGGAGUUUACCCUGACAGUUCAUUUUCGCAGCAGGUGGAAGAUUCUCGAGAUGUUAAUUCUUCCUAUUUUGACACAAAGUGGAGUUAUUUAUUUUCUCAGGAUAAGUCCUAUAAAAAAAUUGGAGGAUUAUAUCAAAUCAUAUGUGAAAAAGAUUUUAGAAAAAUUGAAGAGCAUCUCUCUCAGGGUACUCCCUAUUCGACUGAUUAUCCUUAUUUUAUACCAGCUCUUAUAUUAACUAAUUAUAACAUAGCCUCUGUUGCGAUCGAUUUUUUACUGUUCAAUCCGUUACUGAAUGUACUUUCCUACAACGUUUUAAAGUUUUCCUUUUUGCCAAAUGGGAAUACCUACAAAGAGGUUGUAACGCAGUCCGCUUCGUAUAAUCGGUUCGAUGUCUAUUUUAUUGUUGCUUUGUCUGUCUUUAUGGCGAUAUUCAUUUUGUAUGUUAUUACGCAUCUUCGGAAAUUUAGCAUGGUUGGUUUCAGGCUGUAUGUGAAGUCCUACUGCUCAUCGUUUCUCCUUACUGCUUGCUUCUCGACGAAUCUCAUAACCCUCGGUCUCUACCUCCUGUCCCGGACCCAGCUCCCCAAACUCCUCGUGGGGUAUGAAAAUGGCAAGUACACAGUAAACUCCAUACGCUACCAAACCAGCGAAGAUGGAAUUAUCGAACUUUGGCACGACAUGAGCAUAAUCCUCUCACGCAUAGAGUUAGUAAAGAAUAUUUUCGUCUCGAACACCAUCAUAACUUUGGAGGUGUGCUUCUUCGUGUGCGUAAAGCGAUAUGGCCUGUUGAUAAAAAAAUACAGAAAUGUAGAGAAUAACAUAAGGAAGGAUUUUUUACGUCCUUUUUUUAUCAUCCUGUGCAUCAUAUUUGGAUGCUUGGGAGUUUUUUCCCUCUUCAGUUACACCCUUUUUCACAUUGAAGAAAAUAUCAACUCCAGUAUUGUCCAGACAUUCAUUUUCAAUGUAUGUAUUAUAUUUGCAAAUUUUCAAGGAGUAAACAUUUCCUCCAUUCUUAAUGAAGAGAACAUUUUGUCCUAUUUGUAUUCCAUUCCUACUCACUUUUUUAUCGUUACGGUGAGUUUCGCUUUUAUCUUUUUUCUGGCAAUUAAGUCCUUCAUCAAAAGGAACAAAAAAGUGUACAACUCGUUUAUGCAUCUGUAUGGUCGUAAAUUAUCAAAGUGUAGAACUAGAAACAAGGGGGACCCGCAAAGCAGAAGUGGUCAUUUAGACACUGCAGAAACGUGUGGCAUUCCCCUCAAAAAAAAUAAUGCACAGAAGGGAAACUCAAAUAGAGCAACCCUAAAUGACAACAGCACAUUAGAAAUAACCGCAUAUUCGGAGGUAGAAGAUGAGGGGGACCACGACGCAGAGGACACACUCGACUCAAUUGAGCAACUAGGCGAUGGUGAGAAAGAACGUGACAAACAAAACUUAAGCAGUGAUGAGAGCAGCACAUACUCGCUGCAUGAAUCGAACGAAUAUGAGGUAGACCCAGGCAAUUAUGACACCAAUAAGAGGUUAAAUUACAAUGACGUGAUGAGUAUAACGAAAGGGCUCAGUAAGGAUAAAGAAGAGUUCACCCAAAAGAAGAGGAGCACAAAAGAAAGGGCCUUUUUUACUAUAGAAAAAAUGCUAGACCUAUUUCUAAACCUAAAAAACAGCACCGUCUUGCCCUUCUCUAAUAAGGAAAAAAAACGCAUUUCGAAGGAGUACACUACGAAUAAAAAGAGGAAUGACGGAGUUGUGGUUUCCCUUUCUGUGUACACCUCCUUACUCAUAUUCAUCAUGCUGUUUCUUAUUAAUGACUACAAAAAGAGGAUAGAAAGUGAAAAACUGUUGCAUUAUCAGAUAGAAAAUAUCGGCUACCACCCAUCUAAUGGACACUUCUCAAAUAUGACAUUUCAUUAUUUAAAAAAAAAUGUGAAUGUAAAUAUUAGGGAAACGUUUAACUUCCAAAAGGUAGAGAAUAAGACAGACCUAAUUCUGUGGUUAAAAACUUGUUUCGUUUCAUUUCUUGACAACGGUCCAAACGCCAUUGAGGGAGGUGUCAAUCCAUACAGUAAUAUCUUCCUAUGGAAAGACAUAUUUAGUGUGAAGCAUGAACGGAUAAGAGUAAACAUUAUUUCAAGGGAGGCAAUACAAUCAUCCAGCAGUAGUCUCAUAUGCAACUACAAGAGACAAAACUGCUAUACAGACAUAAAGAACGAAUCGCAAGAUUUGCAGAGAGGGUUAAACGAAAUAGCAUUACUAAUUAAUGAUGCAACUGAAAAAGUGGAAAUAUCUUUUAUUCUGUUUGACAAGAAUGACUACCAUAACAUUUUGGUGAAUUUACAUUUCGUCUUCAAUCCUAGUGGAUAUAUAUCCAAAAAAAUAUAUUUCGAUCACUUAUUUUUUAAUUCCUUCAGUAUUUUUCAUUUCAGAGGGGUAAUAAUUAAUAUACUCUUUGUGACCAUUCUGUUUUGCUCCUUUAUAAGCAUGUACUUGUAUCUGUUCAAGAAUUUUUCCUACUUUUACAACGCAUGUGCUGCGGUCAUUGUGGGGCAUGGCAGGGCCAACGCGAAGAUGGGUGUCUGGCAGGAGGGCCAGUUCAAUGAUCAACCAGGUGGACAUUUAGCGACUGCUGAUUAUGCAAAUGGUUACAUGUAUGGGAGUUACUCUCCUUGGGGAUACAACGUCGCCGAUUAUGCGGGGGCGUACAACUGGAACACAUAUGCUAAUUACCCUGCUGUGGGGGGAGCGAAUUACGGAUACUACGAUACGGUUAAUAUGCCACAAGGCGCACUUAACUACCGUUUCGGCCAAGGGCACAUGAACACCCCCCCGAAUAGGAAGACACACCAAAUCGGCGCAUGGCUCAAAUUCAAAGUUUAUCUGACGUACCUCUUCGAAUCGAAUGUUUUAAAUUUACUAAUUCAGCUAUCAUCCUUUUCCAUAGUAGCUCUGUGGCUUACUGUGUACAUAUACAUCAACAAGUUAGAGUAUGAUGCAGAUAACUCGGGGAGCUAUUUUAAUGAAUACAUAAAAUUGUUUUCCUUUUUCUCUAAAUUUUUGAAUAUCUUUUUCUCGUUCCUUUUUUUAGUCAUAAUAAAUAUAUUCAUUUUUUCGUCAAAUUAUGUCAAGCGUGAGAAGUUGUACGAAGCCUUAUAUGUUAACAGAGGGCAGAUUUUGAAGUGCGGUUUUAUGCUGCUACUUGUGUACCUGAAUUUUUUUCUUUUCCACUACUUCUUUUACGGGAUAGACGGUUUCAACGACUUGUCAACGAGUCAGCAGCCGAUAUACUCCAUUUUAAUUUUGUUGGGUCUCGUUAACAUUGAUGUUUAUUUGAAAUGUAAUGUAUUCUAUUUUUUAUUUUUCCUGUUGCCUCAUUUGGUGUUUAUACGCUUUCUUUUAAUCAACGAGCAGUGGAAGUACUUAAAUGAAGACAUAAAAGAAUUUGCAGCAAACGAAACUAACAGCAUACUGCAUUAUUUUGAAAAUGUUAAAGACCAGAUAAGCAGUAAGGAAGACAUAUCCAAAACGUUGCAGAAGGAGUGUAAUGGUUUAAAGGAACGGGUGCAAGAGCUGCAGCUGGAUUUGCGCAAAAUAGAGUUGAAGUGGAAGUUCCGCAGUAAGCUUUUAAGUUCAUCGAAGACCUACCUAGACAAAAUAAACAACCAAAUAAGUAUGAGCGAAGAAAUGAUUGUGGAGGAUAAGAACAGGAUGUCCUCGCUCCAGCAGUACGCGCAGCAGGUGAACUUGGACGAAUAG